UUUCGCCGCACUAGGACAAAAUAAUCCCUUCAUUUUUCUGAAGGUAUCAGGAAUAAUAUUUCACUUUUCUCCUUACCGGAGUAAUUUUAAAUGUUACCACGUUAGGAGACGUUACCUAUAAGGCGGUUUUUAAGCGAUUAGGUAAAGAGAAAUAAAGGAUGACAAAAUAAAGUGCUGCGGAGGAAUUUCUGUCAAGCUGUGAAACGACGGAGUGCGAAGAGUGAAGGCGAUUGAGAGGGGCUGAGGGAAUUGUCCUCUGUGCAAGGGACUUUCAUUAGGCCCCAGGCCCCUGCCUGCCCCUAUCAUCAGCAGCGUCUCACCAAAUUGGCGAGGCUAGCCUAGAACCUGCAGCCCUGCCUCAACCUCCUGAGUAGCUGGGAUUACAGGCAUGUGCCAUCGUGCCUAGCAAGAAUAUGAACUUUGGAGCUGUGGUUGUGAUUCAGUGGUGGAGCACUCGCCUAGCACACAUAUGAGGCACCAGGUUCGAUCCUCAGCACCACAUAAAGAUAAAUAAGAUAAAGGAAGAUGGAAAGCUUGAUGACUAGUUCCACCCUGCCGCCCCUUUUUGCAGAUGAAGAUGGCUCCAAGGAGAGUAAUGAUCUGGCUACAACUGGAUUAACACACCCAGAGGUUCCUUAUGGCAGUGGAGCUACAUCAUCCACCAACAAUCCAGAAUUUGUAGAGGAUCUGUCCCAAGGUCAGUUGCUUCAGAAUGAGUCUUCAAACGCUGCAGAUGGCAAUGAACAGAGACAUGAAGAUGAGCAAAGAAGUAAACGAGGAGGUUGGUCCAAAGGGAGAAAGAGGAAGAAACCUCUUCGAGACAGCAAUGCACCCAAAUCCCCCCUUACAGGAUAUGUUCGGUUCAUGAAUGAGCGUCGAGAACAGCUUCGAGCAAAGAGACCAGAGGUCCCAUUUCCAGAAAUCACAAGGAUGUUAGGGAAUGAAUGGAGUAAACUCCCUCCUGAGGAAAAACAGCGCUACCUUGAUGAAGCAGACAGAGAUAAGGAGCGUUACAUGAAGGAACUGGAGCAAUAUCAGAAGACAGAAGCCUACAAAGUCUUUAGUAGAAAAACUCAGGACCGUCAGAAAGGCAAAUCUCACAGGCAAGAUGCAGCCCGACAGGCCACUCAUGAUCAUGAGAAAGAAACAGAGGUAAAGGAACGGUCUGUUUUUGACAUUCCUAUAUUUACAGAGGAAUUCCUGAACCACAGCAAAGCUCGGGAGGCAGAGCUCCGCCAGCUUCGUAAAUCCAACAUGGAGUUUGAGGAGAGGAAUGCAGCCCUGCAAAAACACGUGGAGAGCAUGCGCACAGCGGUGGAGAAGCUGGAGGUGGAUGUGAUCCAGGAGAGGAGCCGCAACACAGUCCUGCAGCAGCACCUGGAGACCCUGCGGCAGGUGUUGACCAGCAGCUUUGCCAGCAUGCCCUUACCUGGAAGUGGAGAGACACCAACAGUGGACACCAUUGACUCAUACAUGAACAGACUGCACAGUAUUAUCUUAGCUAAUCCCCAGGACAAUGAAAACUUCAUAGCCACAGUUCGAGAAGUUGUGAACAGGCUCGAUCGUUAGGGACUGUAUAUAGGUUUUAGAGCUCCCAACUUGUUCUUGUAAGCAUUUUUACUUGUGCGGAAUGAGAAGCCAUCCAUGGAUUUUUGAACUGAGUUGGAGCAGAAAGGACUGCAGAUCCCUUUACUUGGGAAAGAAUUGUCAGUGAGUGAAAUACCUUCACCCCAGGAAGCUGCAUGAGGGAGCAGCAAAAGGCACAUGUGUGUGAACUUCCUGUGGAAUCACCCUCCAGUGAUGCUUUGAAAGUGUACAGCCACUCUCCCAAGUCUUCAGCUCCCUAUCAUUUCCAUUUCUGCUAAAGCAGCUCUGCAUAUAUUCUGCUGACUAGGUGACCCUGAAGCUGACAUCUUCUGCAGCAGAAGGAAGACUGCCUAUUGCUGCCAUUCUGAUUGGACCCUUUUAUCAGUGGAGCUCCACUUUUCUUACCUAGCUGUCACUUUUUUUUAAUGCCUUUGGGGGUGAUUUUUGCUUCCCUUCACCCCCACCAAGCUGUACAUCUCCAUUUUCUGACCUCUGGGCCUCACUACUCAGCGGGGCUCUGAAGGAGACUUUCUCUCAUUGGAUGGGCCCAGUCUUCUCCCAACGUUGCCCUGCUGUGACUCCAAAGAAAGGAGCUUCUUGUUGACAGUGCCCUGUGGAGCCAGGCUGUGUUUCCUGCCCCACAUGGUGCUCCGUGGGUGCCCGCCCUCAGCAGGCUCUGCGACUGCAGCCCUGAAGGAGAAUGGCUGUCCUCCUCCUGCCGCCCGCUGCUCUCUGAGCAUUGCUCCUGCACAGAAGCCGAGUCCCAGCCUCAGCAAGGCUCUUCUGUCUCCUCUGUUGGCAGUGUCUUGCGGAGCUUUUUUGCCAAGGAAAAGGUCAUUGGUAAACACAAAGGAAAGGAGUAGUUCUCAUUUGGUAUUGAAAGUUGAUCCUCAGUGAAAACUGUGGGAAUCCCUGCUUUUUUAGGUAAUGAGAUCCUUGGAUGUAGAUAGGUAGGAGAGGCUUUGGGAAUAGUCUCUUGUGCUGACUGAAUGGGCACGGAGGAGUUCUCAUGCCCUUUGUCUUCCUUCAGUAGCCAUUAACUGCCAAAUCUAGGUGGAAAAGUCAGCCUUCCCUUCCUCCCUCUACUUAGUAAGGGAUUUUUGUUUUUUAACGGCAGAAGUGAAGAGGGUUCUGAUUCUCUCCUCAGGGUCUUUUUUUUUGUUUGUUUCUUUCUUUUCUUUAUGCUCUAGAGCACAAGGCUAAGGUGGCAGCUGAGAUCUUUGGAACCAAAGCAGAGCAUGCUGAGCCUAUUGUCUAGGCACCCCACCACCAAAGGCAGGUGGAUGGACGCGUGGCCCCUCUCAUAACAUGCUGACAAGCCAGGGUGCAAGCCAGAAACCCCGUCGGUUCUCGUAGCUGCACCAUCCUGUCCUCUCAGCCCUGCGUUCUCCCUCUUUGUUCUUUCUUAGUCCAAAGGAAAACAACAGCAAAAGCAAUAACAAAAAUCUCUAAAAUUUCUUAUGUGGACACACAUCAAAUUUCCAUGCACUGAAGCCCACACACCACCGCAUGGCAAUUUUUUAGAAUAAGACCCCUUUCUUAUCUAUUGCUAUAAAGCCAGCCAAGUCUCCUGCCUCUCUGUAUUUUCCACCGUCCCUGCUCUCGUCUGCUGUUUUUGCCACUUCUCUUAGAUUUCUUGCCUGCUACGUCUAAGCCAGAACUCAUUGUCCAUGGCAGAAGGUUGUCCAAACUGGUUCAGGAAGUUUGUGUCUGCCGCCUGCCAAAUGCUUUCUGUCCUUUUUUCCUUCCUCCUAGUGUUGCUGUUUCUCCUUCCUGUGAAGUUUUGUGCAGCUUCAGUAGUACUGUUUUUAUGACCAUGAAAGGCUGUAACUUGGUCCAGAGGUCAUCCCUGACCCUAGCUGGACACCUCACAGUGACCAGACAUGUACAUGAGCUCACCAGAGCCCGAAGUACCCAGUCAUCAGUGCAGACGCUGCAGCUUGCUUCCCAAAUGAGGGCUCUCCCAGGAGCCCCACACCCAAUAAGUGUGACUGGGACUCAGCUGCCACAGAACCUCUCCUCUGCACUCACCAAGCAGGUGGAGGGGAGGUUAUACCCUGGCGCAAGACCUAAGUCAUGUUCCCUAAUAAAUCUGAAGAGGUUACUGCACUUUCAUGUUCUUCUCAAGAAAUAAGCUGUUGCCUAUCAGUGUUUCCAAUUAACUUCCUUCCUUUUAUUAAAACACAAGCAGCAGCUGGGGAAAGGGAGAAAAGAUUGUUUUCUUUCUGACAAAUUUUAGAAAAAAAUAUUGUGUACAUGUGUUUGGAACUGUUGAAAUGCCAAGUUUUCUGUACAAGUGUUUUUGUAAUUAAACUUUUAGAUUUUGUUUUUUAAGAAGUUGAUAUGCUUGCCUGACAUUUGUCUCAUUAAAACUUUUCUAUGUCGAAUCCA